GCUAUGGCUAAAGUCUGGCAUGAUUAUUUUAACAAAACCGAUGUUGAAGCAUGGUCGAUUCUCCAUUUCCAACAAAAUUGGGAACGUAUUCAUGAAGGAGAUUAUAAACCGCUUAGUUACGACAAGGCAACUGACGCGCUUACCAAAAGUCUCUUCGCAAUUAUUAAUAAAAGUUUAGAUACCAAGAAAAUUAAGAAAGCUAAUAGCCUUUUAACCACUCUUCAGAAUAAGCAGGCUAUUGCAAACGUGAAACGCAUGCUUCGCCGGAACAUGAAUAGUAAAAAUAUCGAUACAGGAAACUACCUACAAUUUUCAUCUUGCUCCGAUGUACGAAUUGAGUCUGUUUCUACAGCCGAAGGAUCUGCGAGUUAUGUGAAAGAUACGUUAUCAUCAUCGUCUCUAGAAACGGUAGCCGAAACAGAAAGUGCGGGGUCUAAUAGCCCCGGGCACUUAGAAAAAGAGGACGAUGACCAAUCUCUUUUUUCGGUUGAUGAUGAUGGGCCCUCUAUGCCUACGGAUGAAAGUAGUGGAUAUGAUGCGAAUUACGGCGAUCUGUCUCCAUCCGAAAUAGCGAAAGAACAAUAUGUUAGUGAGAAAUUUAAUCCAAUAGCUAUUCAAAACAAUUCAAGUGGUAUUUCAUCAUUGAUUUCUAUUAUGGUGAAAUAUUGUGAGAAGAAUACGACAUCAAAGUUUGAUCCUGCAAACAGUUACAUUCUUGAUCUUUCCUCGAAAUCAACGAUUGCAAAAGAAUUCACACCAGAAUGCUGGUCUAAAUUGAUCGCGGAUUGUCCUAACGUUGUCACUGUAGAAUAUCAUAAAGAGUUGGAUGUGAUAUUCGAAUACUUAUUUGGAAAACAGAUUAAAAAUGUUCAGCAAGCUCGAGUUCAAUGGGAAAAUUUAAGGAGCAUCAAAGCUCCAGAGUAUAAAAGUGAAUUCUCAUACGGGAUUGACGAAUGGAAAAAAAUAUUAUGGUGGAUAGAGUGGGCAGUAGGCCGAUUUCUCAAUGCAUUCGAAACCAAGCGAAAUCCUUUGUUACAGAAUAAUUGUCAUGAAAGGGAAUUUUUGGGAGGUUAUUUAGUUCCCAUCUUUCAAGGUGCAUUGGCACUUGAUGGACGUUUUCGAGUAUCAUGGGGUGAAGUUACGGUACAAGCUUCCAUGCAAAGACGUAAUAAUAACAAAAUUAUUUUAGAAGAAAAGGUAGAUCGUGGCCACUUAACAGACUUGCUGUGCUCCACCGAAUCUUACGAAAUGUUGUGUUUAUUGGCAUGUGGUGGUCCACACAAAGUUGAUUUCACAAAACUAGCAUCUGAUGAAUUUAAUCUUCCACGGCUCUUGAAAGACACCCUUGAUGAUAUUCGAGAGAAGUAUAACAAGGAGAACAAAUCAUGUCUGUAUACAAUAGGACUUCAACAAUAUAAGUCAGAAGUUCGCGUUUAUCUUAUGGAAUUACGAGAUGUCUACCGGCUUCAUCAUCUAAAAACAUUAUAUCUUCCUUUAACAUUUUCAACUUAUCGUAAUUUACGUGUUAGUUUAAGUUGGGCAUGGAAUAUCCGGGGCUUGGUGAAUGAUUUAUUAGAGAAGCUCAUCGAUGAUUGUGAAGAAAUAGGUUCGGUUACUCCUCAACACUAUUCAAACAAUAUGAACACGUCAGAUUCGCCUAGCAAAACCAAAAAGAAAAAAAUCCAAAA